AGAAUGCACAUACACGAGCUCCAGCAAAUUCUAGAAGCAAGGGCUGGAGAGAGAGGUGGAAGCAGUUAUAAACUCAGGUCCUUACAAAUCUAGAGAGAGUCAAAAGCAGAGCCAGUAUGAAGACAAUAAAUAAAAUCACUCCGUAAAGAGCAAGGCGCCUGGAUCUGCCCUAGGGGACUGUGGGCCACGGGACUGUCUGCUUCCUCCCUACCUCCUCCAGCCUCUCUGGGGCUUAGGGCUCCUGAUUAGAGUAGCUUGGCUGGCUCCAAUCACCCUCCCUUGUCCACUGGCCUUGCUGUGAUGUGCCCUGAGCAGGGCACUGGGCAGGAAGGAGACUCCUCACAUGAUCCAGCUUAAUCCUCCUCUUCUCCCUUCCCAAGGCUGCACGUUGCAGAAAGACCGCUGCAGAAAUGCAGACCAAAGGGGGCCCACGGUGGGCAAGAAGGGCCCUGCUUCUCGGCAUCCUCUGGGCUACUGCACACUUGCCUCCCCCAGGUGCCUCCCUGCCCCAACGUCUCCCAAGGGCUACAGGAAAUAGCACCCAAUGUGUUAUGUCCCCAUCAUCGGAGUUUCCUGAAGGGUUUUUCACAAAACAGGAGCGUGCAGAUGGAGGCAUCAUAAUCUACUUCCUAAUUAUCCUUUACAUGUUCAUGGCCAUGUCUAUUGUCUGUGAUGAGUACUUCCUACCCUCCUUGGAAAUCAUCAGUGAAUCCUUUGGAUUGUCCCAGAAUGUUGCAGGUGCAACUUUUAUGGCAGCCGGUAGUUCAGCUCCUGAAUUAGUUACUGCUUUCCUAGGUGUAUUUAUCACAAAGGGUGAUAUUGGCAUUAGCACCAUUCUUGGAUCUGCAAUUUAUAAUCUCCUUGGCAUCUGUGCAGCCUGUGGCUUACUAUCUAACGUGGUUUCAACGCUUUCAUGUUGGCCCCUAUUCAGAGACUGUGCAGCAUACGUGAUUAGUGUAGCAGCAGUUCUUGCCAUAAUAUUUGACAACCAAGUUUACUGGUAUGAAGGAACUUCACUGCUUUUGAUAUAUGGAUUAUAUGUUUUGGUGCUGUGUUUCGACAUUAAAAUUAACCAAUAUAUUAUAAAGAAAUGCAGUCCUUGUUGCACCUGCCUUGCCAAAGCAAUGGAAGAGAGAAGUGAACAACAGCCACUGAUGGGAUGGGAAGAUGAGGACCAACCAUUCAUCCGUAGGCAAUCAAGAACUGACAGUGGAAUAUUUCAUGAAGAUUCUGGCUACUCCCAGCUUUCUAUAAGUUUACAUGGUCUUAGUCAGGUUUCUGAAGAUCCACCAAGUGUUUUCAACAUGCCUGAAGCAGACUUGAAAAGAAUUUUUUGGGUACUAUCCCUUCCCAUUAUUAUACUACUUUUUCUAACCACACCAGAUUGUAGAAGAAAGUUUUGGAAAAAUUACUUUGUAAUAACUUUUUUCAUGUCAGCACUGUGGAUAUCUGCAUUUACAUAUAUCCUGGUUUGGAUGGUCACAAUAACUGGAGAAACAUUAGAAAUUCCAGAUACAGUAAUGGGCCUUACUUUAUUAGCAGCAGGAACAAGCAUACCAGACACGAUUGCAAGUGUGUUGGUUGCAAGAAAAGGCAAAGGAGAUAUGGCUAUGUCUAACAUCGUGGGAUCCAACGUGUUCGAUAUGUUGUGCCUAGGAGUUCCAUGGUUUAUUAAAACUACAUUUAUAAAUGCAUCUGCUCCUGUAGAAGUGAACAGUAGAGGACUAACUUACAUAACCAUCUUUCUCAACAUUUCAAUUAUUUUUCUUUUCUUAGCAGUUCACCUUAAUGGCUGGAAACUAGACAGAAAGUUGGGAGUAGUCUGCCUAUUAUUAUACUUGGGGCUUGCAACAUUAUCAGUUCUGUAUGAACUUGGAAUUAUUGGAAAUAAUAAAAUAAGGGGCUGUGGUGGUUAAUGUU